UUCCAUGGUCAAAUCCUUCAUUACUCUUUCUCCGUUUCUUCUAAUUAUUUUCUCCACUCUCAUCUCUGCAAAUCCUGGUCGAAAUUUCUCCGAAACCCUAUCUCCAUCUUCUCUAGGGCUCAAAAAACAGAAGCUAACCCGCCUUCACUUCUACUUCCAUGAUUUCAUCACUGCUAAACACCCAACAACUCUCCAAAUCGUCCAGCCAGCCACAACCAAUAACUCAUCUUCAACUUCCUUCGGCUCUGUGUGGGUGAUGGACGAUCCUUUGACCGUCGCGCCUGAGCUUAGCUCGAGGCUCGUAGGAAGAGCGCAGAGGUUUUAUGGUUCUGCAUCACAAAGUGAGUUUGGAUUCUUGAUGGUGUUAAAUUUUGCUUUCACUGGAGGCAAGUUCAAUGGUAGUACUCUUAGUGUUUCGGGGCGCAAUACUAUUUUUUCGGCGGUGAGGGAAAUGUCAAUCGUCGGUGGUAGCGGCGUUUUCAGGUUUGCUCGUGGCUAUGCUCAGGCGAAGACUCAUACUGUUGAUUUAAAUACUAGAAAUGCUGUCGUGGAGUAUAACGUUUAUGUACUCCAUUAUUGAUUGGAAUUUAACUUUAUUUUAUUUGGUGUAU